AUGCUCCGCGUCACGCGCUCUAACUUGACGCCUGAGUUUGGAGUCGCGGCGGACUCCACCGGAGCCGGUGUUGCACGCGAGCUGCCGUCCGUCUCUGUGCUGGGAUCGAACCGGGACCCGCCGUCGCUUUCGGGAACUUUGUGUGAAUAUGUGAGCGGGACGAGCGGGAUGGAGCCGGCGGCCACUCUGGACGUGGAGACGCUCAAGAUCACCCAGGAGCAGUUCAUCCUCGCCUCCCAGGCGCUGCACCUCCAGCGGCCCGGCUGCGACCCGGUCUACCCGGUGGGCCUGUACGGCUGGAGGAAGCGCUGCCUCUACUUCUUCCUGCUGCUGCUGCUGGCCACCAUGAUCGUCAACCUGGCGCUCACCGUCUGGAUCAUCAAGGUCAUGAACUUCUCGGCGGACGGGAUGGGAAACCUCCAGCUGGACCGGGACGGGAUUCGCCUGGAGGGGAUCAGCGAGUUCCUGCUGCCGCUGUACGUCAACGAGAUCCAGUCCAGGACGGACGGCUUGUUGGUGUUGCGCUCGGACAAGAACGUCACCAUGAACGCCAGAAACAGCCGAGGCCAGCUGACCGGACAGCUCACAGUCGGACCCGAGGCCGUGGAGGCCCAGUGUCAGAGGCUGGAGGUGCGAAGCCGAGACGGAGGAAAGCUCCUGUUCACCGCCGACGAGGACGAGGUCGUCAUGGCGACGGAGAAGUUCACAGUCACAGGUCCGGACGGCGCCGUGUUCGGUCACUCGGUGGAAACGCCGCUGAUCCAGGCGAGGCCCUCUGAAGACCUGAGGCUGGAGUCUCCAACACGAACCCUGACCAUGGAGGCUCCCAGAGGGGUGGAGGUCAGCGCCGCCAGGGGCCCUCUGAAGGUCAGCGGCCGGAAGGACCUGCAGCUGGAGUCCACGGAGGGCGAGAUCCUGCUGGACGCCAACACCAUCCAGCUCGGCAGCCUCCCGCUCGGCGUCUACGGGGCGUCGGGCGGCCGGGCCUCCGAGGACCAGGCCCUGUACGAGGUCUGCGUCUGCCCCAGCGGUAAGAUCUACCUCUCCCCCGCCGAGAGCAGCUCCACCUGCCAGGCCAUGAGCAACAUCUGCCUCUGGAGCUGA